GAAGAACAAAGCUUCAAAGCGCUCUUUUUUCAUCUUAUAGAAACAUUAUCGAUAGCAGUGACUGAAGUUCGGCUGGCGUCUGGGGAGAUCCGGCCGUACGUCCUCCAAGGGGAGUCGGCAACUCUCACCUGCCACUACAUCAUUGACCCCACAGAAACUGUAACGGAAGUUGAAUGGGAGAAGGAUGGUACACUAGUCUAUCUGUGGACGUUGGACAAUCCCCCUGAAGCCAAAGAUGUCUUGAAGGGAAAUGUUGAUUUAACUGUUCGCUCACCAAGCACGCUGGUCAUCACAAAAGCGAGUAUGGGCAUGCAAGGAACCUACACGUGCCGGGUAAGGACGAACGGAAAGACAGCAGAGAACGAAAUGUAUCUUAUGAUUAUCGUAGAUGCCUGCGACGAAAGUGCAUGGAAGACACACACAGACAUGAUAGAAUGUACGGAAUCAGUCAACAUGCAUUGCAUAGGUAUAUUCCCUAAACCUAGUCCGGCCUGCGGGGUAUAUUCAGAACGCACAGGCAAGUACCUGAACAGCGUCCCUUUUGACAGUGUCAAUCUCCUGUUUAACAAAACAUAUGAAGUAAGCUUCAACAGGAGGUUCACUAUCCAAGAAUGGAUCAACCACACUGACCUCAGUUUCCGAUGCUAUAUGAUGGUUCUAGGAACACCAUGGAGAAGUGGCAUCAAGCACAAGAUGUUUGGAGAUCCUGGAUGUGAAAAAGAUCCCCCUCAAAUUAUACAUGGUUACUACAACUUAACAGAGGAACGCAGCUGCUGGGGUUUCCCUGCAGAAGGUGCGAAGGCAUUAUACCAAUGCGAAGAGGAUUACGUUUUGCUUGGCUCUUCAUUGUAUACUUGUUCCAGUGGUCAAUGGUCUCCAGAAGGAAUUGUAGUCGACGGAGAUUACGAAGUUCCCAUCUGCGGUAGCAGAAACUGUGCAUUCAAACUUGGUUUUAGCAGUCUCUUCAAUUUUUAUAUCUUCAUUUUCAUUGUAAGCAUCGCGAUGUCUCUCGAUUCAUUCGCUAAAUGUGUGGAAGCAUUCCAAGUCAUCCCUCAGUUUUGAGAUGCUGAAAGGAAAUUUCCGAAACUGUAAAAAAUCGCAUCAAGCCGUUUCAGCACGACAAACCUCAUGGCACUGUAUCACUUGAUGUUUCAAAAAAUCUUCCCAUUCACAAAGAACUUUCAUGUGUCAUCAAUCAAUGAAAAAAAAAGAAGAUAUAAAGAAAACUCUCAAAAGUGUAUACAAAUGACAUUUUCUCUUGUAAUAUAAAAUAAUAUGUUGUUGCUCUCUCAUACAGAAAUAAAAUUAUAAUGUUAUACUGUACGUUUAAAA